UGGUCUCGUCAGUCUGAAGCUUCACUCACUCCUGCUGCAAUGCCAAUGCCUUUCUCAACCCAAACGUCUGUAUCUUGGCUCAUGGUGUGCAAUUGUCUCACUAGAUUGGUGAGCUCAGAAAACACCACAAUAUAUGGAGGAACGCAAGAAGACAUCUUACUGCAUCCUUCACGUCAACUCACUAAUGCCUCUACUUUUUCAUGGAGAAAAGAUCAACAAUAUUUAGCAAAAUUCAAGAACAAUAGCGUGACUUACUAUGAGCCGUAUGAUCAGAGAGUGAAGCUUUUUCUAAAUGGAUCCAUCAAGCUGGAAAAAGUCAGCAAAAAUGACUCUGGACUCUAUAUGCACGAGGCCCAUGACAAAGAAGGGAGAUUUUUUAAUCAGGAUAGAAUCGAUGUAGAGAUACUAGAUCCGGUUUCUAAACCUUUGGUGACAGCUUGCUGUACCGGAGAAGGUAAAAUGACUCUGUUGUGCUCGUCAGAGAAAGGAGACAAUGUGUCAUUUGGGUGGAUUUUAAAUGGCUUUGUGGUCAGUAGCAGCUGCAAUCUCACAGUAGAAAGAAAUGUUACUGGAAAACUACACUGUUUUGGUGAAAAUAAAAUCAGCCGUGAAUUAAGCGAUCCUGUCAAUUUACUGGACUUAGGUAAGCCAUUAGACUUGUGAGGCAAUGUCUCUGGAGUUUAUCAAUAUUUGACACAGUUAAAAUUCAUACUCUUACUUCCAGGUUUAUGUAACCACAAAGACACACACGUUGAAUCCUCACAUCCGUAAUCACCCGAACAAACAUGCAUGGGCACCCACACUGAAAAAAGACACGCCCACAAAUAUAUACAGGAACCAAUGUUAUAAAAGACACACCCACAAAGAUACACAGGAACUAAUGUU